AGACUGAUUUUUGUUACACCAAUGGACCCCCUCUACCUAAUUUUGCCAUAUAUGAUUAAAUGCAGUAAAGAGGGGAAGUUCCAGCCCGUGGAUCAAGUUGUAAAAGACGAGGACUUCCCGGCAUGCUCCAGGUUACUCAGCUGCACACGUUCCCUUGCCAGCUUGCACCACAUUGCAGAGGAGAAAGAGGUGGGAAGCCAGAAGUUUCAUCGAUACAGUCAGGAUCGAACGUUGGACUGGUUGAAAAAAAAGGUGGACAGGACGGUUGUUGCACUGAAGAAGAAAAAUAUAUGUGUUGGAGAAGGAGUGAAAUCCACAACAUACGUCAGAGUCAAGUCAGAUAAUCAGGAAGAAGACUACCUUCGCUACGCUCAUGGCUUGAUAUCAGACUACAUCAGCGAAGAACUGAGCAAAGCUCUCCUCAGACACUUAGGAUUAGCAGAACUCAAAAGCCCAAAGGAAACGGAGCCUCCUCCUAAGAAGCGGAAACUUUCAGACAAGCCGGUGGAGGCUGAAGAAGACUACACCAAAUUCAACAGUGCAGACUUUGCUCGGAAACCACCCAAGAAGAUGACAGCUGCUCAGAAAACGCUAGCCAAGGUGGACAAGAGCGGCAUGAAACCCAUGUCUUCUUUCUUCAGCCCUAAGGCCAAAGCUGAAAAGAAAUAACUAUUCUGAUUGGUAGAAAACACUUUUGUAAUAAAUAUAUUUGAAUAAUGGAAUUAUUAUUU